AGUCCAGGUGAAGACGAGCGAGGGGAAGACAUAUCUGAAGAAGGAAAACAGCCUGUUUUGACUAAAUUCUUCUGGAAGAGGGGAGAAGAAAACAUCUGGACGCAGGAGGAGAAGGUGAAGAGUCACAAGUCAAGGACUUAAAAAGGAAACUGGAGGAUUACGGGCGAACAGACAAAUAUCUGGAGAAGGAGUUGUAUAUCGGAUGCACAGAGGAAAAGGAAUAAUCAAGUGGGAAGCGGCGAAGAAGACGAACCAAGAGGAAACGAAAGAGUAAAGAGCAGAACAAGGACCAAUCGAAGGAGCAGAGAGAAUCUAAGGAACUAGAGUAAAAACAAAAAGAACAGGAAAAAUUAAAACAGAAGAUCAGAACAAGCAGAACUCCGGUGUGAACAUGAGGCUCCUGCUGCUCCUCGCCGCUCCCCUCAGCGUCCUCGUCCUCCGCGCGUCGGCGGUGGCGUCGGCGGGCGGCGUGUCCCCGGGCCGGCUGGAGCGCUGGGUCCGCUCGGGCCUCCAGUCGCUGCAGUGGGACCAGCUGGACCGGUGCCUGCGCAUGUCGUCCCUGUCCGAGGCCGAGUGCCGGCGGCUCGCCCACCUCCCGCUGUCCGCCGUGGCCGUCUACGCGUCGGAGCCACGAGCCGCCGCCGCAGGUACACCAGACAAAGUUUUGGCCAUCCUGCCAGACUCCUCCGGUGGCUCGAUGAACUCCAAACCGCGGGGAGGAGCUUACGGCGUCAGCCAGGCGCUGAACGGAGGGGAGGCCCCCCCCAGACACCAGCAGGCUUCCCCCAGCUCCAUGGCCCACGACGCCGUGCUGGUGCUGGAUCCGAGCCCCGGGGAAAACUUUGGACACCCGGUGGUCCUCUUCUACGUGGACGUGAACGUGACAAAGAAGAGGUGCUCCCAGCUGGAUGGCAUUUACCUGGGCGACGAGUGUCUGACCCUGGCGUUGAAGGGCCGCUGUCAGAACCAGCUGAAGCGUCGGCUGGCCGGGCCAGAGAGGCUCAUGGGUAACGGACACGGCCGGCUGGCGGUCGGGGCGCUGCGCGGCGGCACCAUCGGCACCGGGGGCGGCGGCGGCGGCAGUGGCGGCCGCCUGGUGGAGCGGGCCGUCGGCGGGCUCUGCGAGGUCCACUUCCUCCCGCUGGUGGUCGGGGUCGGGGACGGCAACCGGACGCAGAGACUCCGAUGUGUGGACCACGCCGAGUUUGCGAGGUGCCCCCAGCCGCUGCCCAUGGCCUCGGCCAGUCUGCCCGUCUCCAGCUGUGAGCUGAACAAAAACACCAGGCGCUGCCACCAGCAGCCGCUGGCCACUCACCUGUCCUGCCGGCUCUACCAGACCUGUGACCACGCCGUGCUCAUCUCAGGUGGCUGGCAGCAGCAGAUGACGUUCCAGCGUCACGUUCAGAAUCUCCAGAGGUUCUACAGGAUGCUCCGGAACAACGGCCUCCACAAAGAUCACAUCAAGACCUUCUUUGCCGGCAGUGGACAACUUCCUGAGGACGUGGAGGGCGUGUACUCGGCGACGGAGAAGGCGGUGAUCCGUAACCACGUGUCGUACGUCUGCAGGAAGCAGCACUGCGCCGACACGCUGGUCCUCUACCUGAACUCGCCGACGCGCAACGACGGCACCAUGCUGCUGUGGGACGCCAACAUCAACGGCAUCGCCGACCUGAAGGAGCGCUACUCGGUCAACGAGCUGCUGGCCGACCUGGCGGCCUGCAGGGCCACGCGCGUCCUGCUCUUCGUGGACCAGAGCUACAGCGGCGUCCUGUCCAAGCGGCUGCGCGGGUCCCAGAAACACCUCAACGUGGUGCUGAUCCAGAGGCAGACACACAGCCAGCAGAACCAGAGGAGCGGCCCGGGCUCGGAGGACGGCGGCUGGUCCUCCAUCAGCCCCGCGAUCUGCCUGCUGGACCACCUGGGCAAGGGAGCGGGGGUGUCGCGCCUGCUGGAGCCCUGGGCCGGCCUUCUGAACGUGACGCUGGCGGGGGCCCCCUGCAACGCCACGCCCCCCCUGACCGACGGCGAGAUGCGACGGGAGUACCAGGGCUGCCAGAACCUGCCCACGGCGCUGUGGCACCAGAAACACCGGAGGACCAACUGAGAGAGAGACACGCACUGAGACUGACCGACAGAGAGAGAGAGAGAGAGAGAGAGAGAGAGACUGACACACACACACACACACACACACACACACACACACACACACUUAGGGACAUACACAAGGUGUUUGCUGUGUGUGUGUGUUGACUUAGGACUUUAGUUGUGUGCUCGGUGGUGGACACUCAAGUGUGUGUUUUGUGUCCUAACUAUGAACUCGGCGAGUGUAACCAUGGCGAUGACAGCUCAUCCCGAUGGGAGUGUCCUGAGCGAACACCAUGUUGAACAGUGUGUGUGUGUGUGUGUGUGUGCGAGUGUGUGCGUGUGUAUGUGUGUGUGUGAGUUCAGCGAGAGGGCAACCACUCUUGGAGACUAUUGCUAGCUUACGCUCGGGUCAGUGUGUGUGUGUGUGUGUGGUUGUGUGUGUGUGUGUGUGCGCGCCACAUCUCCUGGGCACUUUAACAUUUCAGAGCCAAUCAUCCGCCUCUAUUUUAAUCUUUACGACAGUUAUUUCUUCUUCCGCCCUUUUCUCUCUCUUGGUUUUUGUCCUUUGCUUUACCUUUUCUCUGCUUCCGUCCUCCCUCGCACCACUCGUCUGUCCUCCUCUAACCUCCUCUCUGCCCUCCUCCUUUCCUUCCUCUCUUUCCUGCCCUAUCAGCGAGCUCGUCCCCUUUCCACCUGUGUCUCCACAUCCUCCUCACUGUCUCCUCGUCCACGUGUAGAGAUAAGGUCGUCCUUCGUCAGUCGCACAGACGGGGAAGUACAGCAAAGGCAAUUAAAAGCGCUCAAACAUAAGUGAUGAUUUUUCCAUCCAUGUGUUUUGAAUUAGCUCAUGAAAAAUCACUUUUGAAAACAUUUUAGUUUUCACAGUUUAACUCCUCUAAGACAUUCCUUUGGUCAAACUGUUUACUAUUCACAGUUCUUUUGGAAACUGCGGUGACUCCGACUACUGCCUGGUCAAAUCAGACUCUGUCAGAUGUUUAUUCAGUGUAAUACUAAAAAGAAAAAAAUCUAUAUUUCUAUCAUUAAAAAAAAAAGACCAACGCCAAAAUGAGUGUGUCCAUCAAAAGUCAGUUUGUGGCAUUCAUCCCAGGGACUUCCUGAAACAGCAAACAUCACUCAAAUUACACUAAGUGAUGCAUUCAGGGGAACUAUGUAGACGUUGAACUGACGAUUACUGACGUUACGGUGGACUUUGGUCUUUUCCUAAGUUUGUUCUCGUUGAACCUUUAAAACGGAGAAACAUUGGCACUUGAUAUUGAGAUGUGGAAAUGAACAGAAUAUUUUGCAGAUUAUUGUUCAUGGUUUGGACAAACAACAGAUGUUGGAGUUCUUCGGGAUGAGUCCAGUCUCCGCUGGAAAGAAAAGUCCCCACCCUCAAUUUGCAAUAUGGCAAUCAACCGAGCGCUGAGACGGACCACAUCAGGUUGUUUUUAAAAAUAAUACAUUCUCGGUUCAAGUGAGAAGUGAACGUGACGAGAUUGUACAAAAGUAAUUCAGUUUCUAGUUUCUCUAGUUUCCUGAAUCGCAGGUCGCAAAAACAAAACCGUUAUGAAAUGAUGACCAUCACUACAGGGGGGAAAAAAGUGUUUAUGAUUAUAAUAAGUUUGUCUGACGUCACAAGUUUAUAUAUAUACAGUAUAUAUAUAUAUAUAUAUAUAUAUAUAUAUAUAUAUAUAUAUAUAUAUAUAUAUAUAUAUAUAUGUAUAUUUAGAGGUGAAGGACUUUGGAUGCUGAGGAAAGAGGGAAAGAUGGAGAGCGACGGCCGGGAAACGGGAGACGUAGAGAUUGGUUAGCAGUGAUCAUGAUUAAGAUAUGAAGCACUGAGACUGCCCUCGCUGCUGCGCAGACUGUCCAUGGCAUUUUAAUAAAGUGUGUGUGUGUGUGUGUGUGUCCAUCACAUAGACACAAAGGCGUCACAUGAAACAUGCACACGACCUAAUGUUAACUCGUCCCGACACUGACGACGUCCGUGCUUGUCUCUUGGUGGAACUUUGUGACUCUUUUUGUUUUUCCAUCCCAGUAACCAGGGUACAGUACAGUACGGUACAGGUCGACCGCCGUGUGCAUCUCCUCCCCUCCCCGCUGUGUGUUUUGUACCCGUGUCGUCGUCGUCGUCGUCGUCGUACUGAUUUGACUGUAGACAUCUGUAAUCGUUCCCGAGGCGGAGGGCGACGAGGAGAAGAGGAACCGUGGCCACAACUUUGCGUGGGACAUUUUUGGAACCGGAAAAAGUUUGAGGCGUCGCAUAUUCACAGUCUAUAGUGUAAACGAUUCUGUACAGGGUAUACGAGAUGUAAUGUAGCUGAAAUGUUUCUAGUUGCAUGCAGCGAUCACAAACUCUAGUCAAUAAAAAGACUUUUAGAAAGCAA